AUGUCGAAUUCCGAAGAAACACUUACACCUGAACAACUUGAGCGUAUUGAACGGAAUCGUCAACGUGCACUACAACUUCGUGCUAGUUCAACAAGAAUCUAUGAAUCUCAACAUCAAAUUACUACUACAUCUGCUCCUACGCGCAAGCAGCAAAUUGAUUCUCAUGCUGGAUUCUUUCUCGACGAAGAUUCAACAUCAAUUGAUAAUCGUCCAGUCGUAUACGAAACAAUACCAAUAAUUCAUCAAACAAAACCCGAUCAAUUGGAUGUUCUCGGUAUGCCGUGUAACGAAUGUCAACUGAUAUUUUUAACAUCAUUUUUAUAUACACAUUUCGAUGAAUCUAUUUGUGAUACAUGCCGAGAAAAAUAUUCAAUUAAUGAUGAAAAAGAUGAUAUUGAUGAUGAAGAAACAAUCCGUUAUAGUUUAAUAACACGUACAUUAGCCAAAGACAAAUAUUUAUUAACAGACUAUGAUUUAGAUAAACGUGAACCAAAAUUAAAAUGUAUUGAAAAGAAAAAUCCACAUAAUCAACGUUGGGGUGUGAUGCGUCUUUAUCUACGUUAUCAAAUUCAACGUUUAAGUUCAGAAAUACACGAAGGAAAAACUGAAGAGAAACUAGUUGAACGUGAAGAAAAAAAAGCGGAGAAAAAAAGAAAAAAAUAUGAAAAACAAAUCGAACAAUUACGAUUAGAUGUUCGAUCUAGUUUACAAACGAAACGUAUAAAAACUGUUCAUGAACAUACAUAUGAUGAAAAAAAUACUACGUAUGAUGAAGAUACAGAUAUGUACACGAAGACAUGUCUUGAAUGUGGAUAUCAAUAUCAAUAUGAAGAAAUGUAA